AUGGCCGCCGUACUCCCUCCCACCCAGGCGCCAUCAAAGGACGACUACGCUGGCGACGAGAUCAAUGCUCUUGUGCUCGACCCAGGCAGCUACACGACACGCGCCGGCUUUGCAGGAGAAGAUACGCCCAAGUCAGUCACACCGACACAUUACGCUCUUUCCAAGUCUGGCGAGCACAUAUUCGGCGAGAAUGCCAUUCAUCUUCCACGCGGCGAUGUAGAGAUAAAGAACCCAUUCAGUUCAGACGGUCUGGUGGAGGACUGGGACACUGCCGCCAAGCUGUGGGAGUACGCCAUCACAUCUCGCUUGACCGGCGCGAGGCAGACACCACCAAGCAAAAAUGGCCUCAAUGACGAUCCGGUAAAAGAUGGCGAGGGCGAUACAGCAAUGGUGGAGGAUAUGGAGAAGAUGGAGGACGAGGAGCAAAGUAGGACGUUAGAAGAGUAUCCGUUGCUCAUGAGUGAGCCCGGGUGGAACCCAGUCAAGGCGAGGGAGAAGACAAUUGAGCUGGCCAUGGAGGAGUGGGGUGUUCCUGCUUUCUUCUUGGCAAAGACUGGACAACUGGCUGCAUACGGCAAUGGGAAGGCUACAGCACUUGUAGUGGAUGUUGGACAUCAGAACACCUCAGUCACAGCAGUGUGGGAGGGCAUGGUAUUACGGAAGAGCAUCAUGCACAGCAACAUAGCCUCCUCGUUCCUCUCCGACCAAAUUCGCCACAUGUUCACCACCCAACAAGUCCCUCUAAUCCCACACUAUAUGGUGAAAACCAAACAACCCGUCGACGCCAAAGUCCCCAGCAACGCCACCUACACCAAUUUCGACACUCCACCCCACGCCUCCUUCCGCCGACUAGAAGAAGAACGUGUCCUCACCAGCUUCAAAGAAAGCGUCGUCCAAGCCUGGCCAGGACCCGGUCGUCUAGACUCGAACACCGAUGCCGUGAAGAUGAACCCCGCCCGACCGUUCGAAAUGCCCGAUGGUUGGAACACCGUCUUCGGCCCCGAACGCUUCAAAGUAGCCGAAGGUCUCUUCGAUACUAAAUCCGCUUACCCGGACCCGUCAACCAACUCAACGCCCCCGAAAAGCGACGACUCUAUCCCCUCACUAAUGCACCGCGCCCUCAAUGCCUGCGAUCAAGAUACCAAAGCUCCACUGUUAGGAAAUAUUGUGCUCACGGGCGCUGGCAGUCUGAUCGAAAAGAUGCCAGAGCGAUUGCAGACGGAUUUGCAGGCGCUUUAUCCGAAUCCCAGGGUAAGGGUUAUUGCGAACUCGUCGAGUGUGGAGAGGAAGUAUGGGGCGUGGAUUGGAGGCAGUGUGCUGGGGAGCUUGGGGACGUUUCAUCAGAUGUGGAUUUCUAAGGAGGAGUAUGCGGAGUUUGGGGCGGGGAUUGUUGAGAGGCGGUGUAAGUGA